ACGCGCAGCUGUGUCGUUAAAGUUCCUGGGGUGGGGAAAUUUCGCUGGGCACGGGUGUUAGGAGAAAUAACCAACAACGAAAACACUUUCAGCUUUAGCUUCUGCGCUGCCUGGCCUGCUGCCAACUCGCUAUGGAGAGGAUUGGCUCCCUCUCCCCUUUCCUCUCUCUCCUCCCUUCUUUCCCAAACCCAGAUACGCACACACUAACCAUCCAAGCAACAGCAGACAGAAAAGACGAAGCGGGUAGGGAAGAGUUCUCUCGGUAACUUUUGGGUUGUAAACGACGUCUUGUAUUUUAGUGAUAUUAAAAAUGCCAUACAUUUUACUUUCUGUAUUUAAUCAUUCUUACAUGCGGAGAGAGAGAAAUGUGCUGUUUUGAAAGGAAAGAAAAGCGAUAUAUUUUUUUGUGCACUUUGUGUAGUUGUAUGAGACACCUUUAUAAUCAACAUUUUGGAAUACCUACGGAAGUUUGUCGGUUUUUUUCAGGGCUCGAGUAAAAGAAAUACGGACUCCCUUGGUGCGGGCUAAGCAGUGUGACAGUAUUUCAUUUUGUCACGGUGAAUGCCCCGUUCUCUCCGCGCACGUCAGUGAAGGAUGCCAGGAUGCCUUCUCUGAUCAUUUCCCAUCUGCUCGUCAUCUGGCUGAGUGUCCAGAGGCUGGCCUGGAGCGCAGAGCGCACAUCCACGCGGGAGCGCUUCAAAGUGGUCAUCGCCCCUCUCAUCUGCAAGAGGAUUUGUUUGAAAGGCCAGUGCCAGGACACCUGUGAACAGGGCAAUAAUACCACAUUGAUAGGCGAGAACGGACAGUCAGCGGAUACUCUCACGGGCCCUGGAUUCAGAGUGGUGGUGUGUCCACUGACCUGUCUGAAUGGAGGGGUGUGCAGCUCGCGGACCCAUUGUCUGUGCCCGCCGGGUUUCACCGGUCGGCUGUGCCAGUUACCCCUACGGCAGAUGCCUGAGGCCCAGGCGGCGCGGGGCAACAAGCAACCCAUCUACACUUUGUCGGGGCAGCCGGACGGCCAGAGCCAAGGCGAGCAGGCGACCAUGGGGCGACCUCAGCUCGCCCAGACCCACUCUAUGUUCACUUUACCCCUGGGCCAAGGGGCAGGACACCACUCAUCCGAAGUGCAGUUCAAUGUGCGUGUCCACCAUGCACACGACAUGUCCGUCGUCAUCCAUUCUCUCGAGCAAUCGGAUUCCAAGCCCCCUCAUAAAACGGUGACACGCUUGACCCCUCAGAUGCACAAACCCAGGGGGCGUUGCUUCCAGGAGACCACGCCCAAACAAGCUUGUAGCAGUACACCCCUUCCUGUACUGACCAACCAGGAGGACUGCUGUGGAAGUGUGGGCAACUCCUGGGGACAAAACAAAUGUUAUAAAUGUCCAAAACUUCCAUAUGCUGGAGUGAAACUGCAGAGCAUUAUAGAGGACUAUGGUUCCACGUGCCCUCAGGGCUACAAGAGGCUCAACAGCACCCACUGUCAAGACAUCAACGAGUGCACCAUGCAAGGGGUGUGUCAAAACGGGGAGUGCCUGAACACCCAAGGUAGUUUCCUGUGUGCCUGUAAGCCUGGCUUCACCAUGGACAGGACCAGAUGUGUGGAGUCCCCGUCCCCAGUGGAGCAGGGUCAGUGUUUCCUCAUCGCCACAGAGACGGGUCGCUGUGAACACGCCUUACCCACACCCCUGUCCCAGGAGAUGUGUUGCUGCACUGUGGGGAAGGCCUGGGGCCCCGGAUGUGACAGGUGUCCCCAGGACGGCACAGCCUCCUUCAGCAAGAUCUGUCCGGCAGGGAAGGGUUACUUUCUUCAUAGUGUCCGGGAGACACUGGCGUUCCCUCCUCCGAUCCACACCGGCCCGGAGAAGGUCAUGCCGAAGCCUGACAAGAAGCCGGAGGGUGAGUCCGUGGAAGUCAAGCCCCGGGAACAGCCUCCUGAGACGACCACACCUAUGCAGCUUUCUCCAAUCAGCCCCCACGGCCCCCGGGUUCACGAGAUCAUCACUAAGCCCACACCUCCGCCCAUCGUCAGGGUGAAUCCAGACAGCGACCCCCUGGAGGUGGCCCAGACGCAGGUCUCACCGGUCACGGAUGAGUGCAGGCUGAACAGGAAUGUCUGUGGUCACGGGGAGUGUGUCAAUGUUCACACUGGCUACAAGUGUGAGUGCAAUCCCGGCUACCGGCUCAAUCCCCAGAGGAACGCCUGCGAGGAUGAUGAUGAGUGCGCCUCAGAGCCGUGCGGCCACAGCAGAGGCUUCUGCAUUAACACGGAGGGCUCCUACCGCUGCCACUGUCUCCAUGGCUACAAGCUCUCGGUGUAUCAUGGGCAGCUGAGGUGCACAGAUGUGAAUGAGUGCUUCAAGUCAGACAUCUGUGGGCAGGGCGGUCAGUGCCUUAACCUGCCCGGGUCCUACAAGUGUGAGUGUCACAAAGGCUUCAGGAGCAAGUCCCAGCGCCAGCCGGCCUGUGAAGAUAUCAACGAGUGCCUGGACCCCAGCAGCUGCCCCAAUGAGCUGUGUGAGAACAACCAAGGCUCUUAUGAAUGUGUUCCCUGCCCAGCGGGUCACCAGGCCCAAGGCGGCGUCUGCUAUGAUGUCAACGAGUGCCAGAAACGGGGGGUGUGUCCGAACGGCCACUGCGAGAACCUCCAUGGGACCUACCGCUGCCUCUGCAACGAGGGCUUCCUACCUGCGGCGGACAGCAAAGGCUGCAUGGACAUCGACGAGUGCGAGGAUGACAGACUGUGCGCCAACGGGCGCUGUGUCAACACCGAAGGCUCCUUCCAUUGCCAGUGCUACCCAGGGUACCAGCGCACCCAGGAGGGCAGCCAUUGUGAAGAUAUAAACGAAUGUGAGCGUCCCUCCAACUGCCAGAGAGGGCGCUGUAUCAACAGCAUGGGAUCCUACCGCUGUGAAUGUCAGAAGGGAUUCAUGCUGGUGGGAGGGAGGCGGUGCCAAGACAUAGAUGAAUGUGCGACAGACAGGGGUCUGUGCCAGCCCCACGGCGUAUGUGAGAACAGACAGGGCUCCUAUAUGUGUGUGUGCAAAGACGGUUUCAUCUUGUCUGAGGACAAGCACAGCUGCGAAGAGAUUGAAGUGGAUGUGGAGGAUAAAAAGGAGUGCUAUCUGAACCUGGAUGACACAGUGUUCUGUGACAGUGUCCUGGCCACCAACGUCACCAAGCAGGAGUGCUGCUGCUCUUCCCUCGGAAAGGGCUGGGGAGAUCACUGUGAGAUCUACCCCUGUCCCGUCGACCACUCAUCUGAGUUCCACUCCUUGUGCCCAGUGGGCCAAGGUUUCUACCAUGAGGAGGGCAUAACUGGUUAUAACUUGCCUGUCCACAGAGAUAUCGAUGAGUGUGCGCUGUUUUCCAAUGAGAUCUGCAAGGAAGGCCGCUGUAUGAACACACAGCCUGGCUACGAAUGCUACUGCCAACAGGGCUUCUACUACGACAACAACCUGCUGGACUGCAAUGAUGUCAAUGAGUGCCACGAUGAGUCUCUGUGUACCAAUGGUCAGUGUCGGAACACAAGAGGCUCCUUCUACUGCAGCUGUAAUUCCCCUUGGACCCCCGACGCUUCCAAAAAGAAGUGUGUGAUCCCCACAGUGGCAGGUGUGGAUGAGUGCCAAGACCCGUUGAACUGUAAGAAUGGCCACUGUGUUGACACCCCUGGCUCCUACUACUGUGUCUGCUCCCCACCCUGGAUCCUGGCCACAGACCGCAACAGCUGUGUGACCCCAGAGGAGCAGGCUGAUAUCAAUGAGUGCCAGGACCCCUCGUACUGUAAGAAUGGGAGGUGUGUGAACACGCCAGGCUCCUUUCACUGUAUAUGCACCCAGCCCCUCACCUUCAGCGCAGCGCACAAACAGUGCGUUUAUGACGACCGCACGGCGGCCCAUAAGGACGUGUGUUUCCUACAGGUGGAUGAGGACCUGAUCUGCAGCCACCCCAGGAAUGGUUUGGUGGUCACCUACUCUGAGUGCUGCUGUCACUACGGCCGAGGCUGGGGCCCCGAGUGUAGGACCUGCCCCCAGAGAAACUCAGUGAUCUUUAAUCGACUGUGUGAGAUGCACUUGGACACAGAGUCUGAUGGUGAGGGCGAUUUCCUGGCAGCUUUUGCCACCUACAACCCAGGUAUUGAAGGGGACAGUUCCGAAGAGGACUCUGAUGAGUGUAGCUGUGCCAAUGGCCGCUGUGUGCGUUCCUACUUGGGCACCAUGUGUGAGUGCAACACAGGCUUCAGGCUGGACCACUCCCGCACACGCUGCAUAGAUAUUGAUGAAUGUGCUGAACCAGGGGUCCGACUUAAUCCAUGCAAGAAUGCCCGCUGUGUCAACACCAUAGGCUCGUUCAAAUGCUACUGCAAAAAUGGCUUUGUCCCUGCACGAAGGCCCAAUAUAUGUGUACCAGGCACAAAGGCCCAACAUAUCCGCACCAGGGCUCUAUAACAACGCUAUGUCUAACAAACACACAGAUACACAUAUGCAAUCCCUCUGUCAUAUAAGUUCAACAUUCAAUAUGUGCUGUCCUUGAAGUUUCCUUUAAAGAAGCGCUGUGGUACCUUCAAGGGGCUCAUUUGAAAUGUUUGAAAUGUACAAAAUACGUUGUCAGCUCCUCAUUCACCCAAAUGAGGCUUCCAGUUUGUCUCUUAGCAACUAUUUUCCUUAUCCCUAAUUCAGAUAAUGUUUUGGAAGAAAUACAGGCAAAGGUAACAUAAUGGUUCAUGUAUUUUUGUAAUUAUUAUUUUUUUAAAUUGUAUGUCCAUUGUGUGUUUGUUUGUUACGUGUCCUUAUUUCACUGACCUUAUCGUACAUUCGUAAAUCUGAAGUCCUCCAGUUGUUUGAUGAGGAGGUUCCUGUCAAACAUACUCCUAUGUGAGUAGCAGAUCAUUAUCAUUCAUUUUAAGAUAUAUUAAAGAUGUCCUCCUUCAUUGUCCAAUUUUGUACAGUAUGUUGAGUGGAGAUUACUUUGUUGCCUUGUGGAUUGGUGCUUACUAAGCUCCUGUAAUUAUACAUUUUACAGUGUGUUUUAGAAAGAAAUUGUACAUUGGAGAACCUUUUAAGUGCCUUGUAGAUAGUUCAUGUGCAUAUUGGGUGUGUUAUAAACUAGAAUCGAGUUAAAGGAAUAGAAUGUCAUUUUGACUUAUCUUUUGGAUCCAGAGGAAAUUCUUAGGUGCAUGGUGAAAAAUUUACCCCAAAGUACAUGUUUAGUGAAUUUAACAAAAUGAAAGAAUUUGUUUGCUUACGGAUUGUAAGGAGAUAUUUGAGUAAAAAGUGUACUAAAAAACACAUAAAUAAUAAACCAAUUCAACUAC